AUGUGUGAAAAAGAGAAAAAGGAUAAAAAGGAGAUGAGUACGGUGAGCCAUAAAAGAAUAAAUCGUACAAAAGGAGCGAAAUCAGUAAACAUACCUGAAAGUGCUGCCAGAAAAAGAAACGGAAGCGAAACUGAUAAAGAUGUGAACGUUGCUAAGAGCAAUAGUGAUGAUGGGGGUAAAGCUGCAGAUGGUAGAACGUAUGAAUGGUGUUUGAAGAGCGUUGAAUGCAGUAAUUUGGAUGAACAAUGCAACCAUGGAUUCUGUUAUGAAAAUGGAAUUGAGGAUGAAGCUGACGAACAUUGA